AUGGUUGUUGGUGAUUUUACUCUCAUACGUGAUCUUGAUGUCUUGAAGGACAUGUUCACUAUGAAGCUUCGUAUUAUCAGAUUAUGGACACUAGAAGAUUACUAUAACAAAGACGAAAUUUUCUCCAUUCAACUUAUUUUAAUGGACGAACAGGGUAACAAGAUCCAAGGUUAUGUCACCAAUGCUUACAUUUACAAGUUUAGAAAAGUUCUAAAAGAAGGGGAAGCUUAUUUCAUCAAAAAUCCAAAUUUAGCAAAGAUGGAUGAAGGAAAAUUUCAACUAACUGAUCAAAUGCAAAAGCUCACCUUCAAUCGCGAGACUACUGUCACUCCAUGUCUCGAUUUUUUUGGAUCAGUUGUUGGGUUUGCUUUAAUUAACUAUCAUCCCAUUAUCGCCGGCACUGUUCCACAAAAUAUUUCAUUGGAUGUUAUCGGUUUGGUGGUCGCAAUUGUUGAAAUUGAUGCUCGAAAUGAAGAUAGAAAGAGGCAUAAGAUGAGACUACAGAUCCAAGAUCUCAAGGGUUCUCAAUUGGAUGUUAACCUAUGGGGUGAUUAUUGUUACACAUUGUCGGAUUACAUCCAAAAGAAUCCAAACAUUCUCCGGAUUGUCAUAAUCCUUCAAUUUGCAAAGAUUAAUGUCUGGCAAGAUCGGCGAUAUGUUAAUACAUAUUAUGAUGUAUCAAAGUUCAUCAUCAAUAGUGACAUUGAUGAGAUAAAAGUUUUCAAAAAAAGUACUUUCUCCUAUAUGAAAUCUAAUCAAAGUUCUAAAAAGGAUGAUUUUGUGUUUAAUCAUGAGCUGAAAACAAUCGCUGAUAUUUUCGAACCGACUGAGAUAAAAAAGUAUGUUAUUGUUGCGACCAUAAAAGGAAUUCUUCAGCACACACAUUGGUAUUACCCGAGAUGUACAUAUUGCAAUACAAAGGCGGUUCCAAAAAAUCCUUCCGAUGAACCCAGUGUCACCGGAUCACUCAAACAUGCAACAUAUGAAUGUCGAAAUCCAAAAUGCACAAAAACUGAAACAUUGACAGUUCCGAGGUUCAUGAUUCCGGUAAGAGUUCAAGAUCAUACUGGAAGUAUGACUUUAACAAUGUUUGAACAAGAUGCGAAAAAGCUUCUAAAAAUUUCUGCAAAAGAUUUAGUCGUAAAAACAGCUAAGCUUGGUUUUUCUACUAACGUAUACCCGUCUGAUAUUAAUGUAUUGAAAGAUAUGAAAUUGGCUUUCAUAGUUUCUGUUUCAAAAUACAAUGUGCAAAGGAACACCAAUUAA